AGCUACGGCUACAGCGCGUGUUCCCGCCCACCCUUCCCAACCCAGGCCAGUGUAGUUCAAAUCAUUGUGCGUUUUUUUUGUUGUUGUUUUGUUUUGCUUUGUUUUUUUUUCGUUUUUUUCUUUUUUGCCUACUGGCCAGCAUUUGAAAGCAAUGCGAAGGCGGAAGGGAACCACAAUGCAAAAAUUACACAAAAAUCGGGGCGGGGCAAAGGAGCUACAGUUACGCAAGAGAAUUAGUUGCCAAAGUUUCGGCUCAAAGUUUGGAAGACCCGGUGCGUUUUUCUCACUCGGCGGGGGAGGAGGAAAUGCCCAGGGAGAAGGACAUUUUUAAACGUCUGUGAUUCUGCAAGAUGGGCAUCAUGGAGUUAUUCUCACCAUUAGUCCUCGCCGUCCUGGGAAGCUGUGUUCUUUUCUUAUUCUUUCGGUUGAAGAAUUUGCGCGGACCCCCGUGCAUCCAGGGCUGGAUUCCCUGGUUCGGAGCCGGAUUUGAGUUUGGGAAAGCCCCUCUUGAAUUUAUAGAAAAAGCAAGACUCAAGUAUGGACCAAUAUUUACCAUCUUUGCUAUGGGGAACCGAAUGACCUUUGUUACCGAAGAAGAAGGAAUCGAUGUGUUUCUAAAAUCUAAACAUGUAGAUUUUGAACUAGCUGUGCAAAAUCCUGUCUAUCACACCGCACGGAUUCCAAAGAAUGUCUUUUUAACACUGCAUGAAAGACUGUAUGUCUUGAUGAAGGGGAAGAUGGGUACUUUCAGCAUACAUCAGUUUAUUGGGCAGCUGACUGAGGAAAUUCAUGAGCAACUGGAAGAUUUAGGCACUCAUGGGACAAUGGACUUGGACAACUUUGUAAGGCAUCUUCUUUAUCCAGCCACGGUCAAUACUCUCUUUAAGAAAGGGCUGUUUCUCACAGACAAGAGGAAAACCAAGGAGUUCUACCAGCAUUUUAAAACUUACGAUGACAGUUUUGAGUAUGGAUCCCAGCUGCCGGAAUGGCUCCUGAAAAACUGGUCAAAGUCCAAAAGAUGGCUCCUGGCGCUGUUUGAGAAAAAUAUUGAGGAAAUGAAAGCUCAGGAAUCUGCAGGUCAUUCUGGGACCCUCAUGCAGGCCAUACUGGAUAUUCUGGAACUGGAAUCAUCUCAACACAGUCCUAACUAUGGGCUCCUGGUACUUUGGGCUUCCCUGGCCAAUGCUCCUCCUGUUGCGUUCUGGACACUCGGGUUUGUCCUGUCUCAUCCCGACAUCCACAAGACCAUUUUAGAAGGCAUAGCUUCUGUGUUUGGCACUGCAGGUAAAGAUAAGGUUAAAGUGUCGGACGAAGACUUGAAGAAGCUCCUUCUCAUUAAGUGGUGUGUUCUGGAAGCCAUCCGCUUAAGAGCGCCUGGUGUCAUUACUCGGAAAGUUGUGAAGCCAGUUAAAAUUCUGAGUCAUACAGUUCCUUCUGGUGAUCUGUUGAUGUUGUCUCCAUUCUGGCUACACAGAAAUCCAAAAUAUUUUCCUGAACCCGACUCAUUCAAACCUGAACGCUGGAAAGAGGCAAAUUUAGAUAAGAAUGCUUUCUUGGACGGCUUCAUGGCUUUUGGAGGCGGGAAGUUCCAGUGUCCUGGAAGGUGGUUUGCUCUGUUAGAGAUCCAAAUAUGCAUUAUCUUAGUGCUUUAUAAAUAUGACUGCACUCUUCUGGACCCAUUACCAAAGCAGAGUUGUCUCCAUUUGGUGGGUGUCCCCCAGCCAGAAGGGAAAUGCCGAAUUGAAUAUAAACGAAGAACAUGACGUCCGUUGGGGCUCAAGAGGGUCAGAACCUUCGAGAAGAGUGAAGUAACCCAGCUCCUGCCCUCCGAGCAUCUUGACCUGAAGACAUCCUGGUGGCACACGUGUUUCUUAUCUGAAGACCAUGCAUCGAAUCCCACUGUUAGGAACACGGAAAACCCAAUUCAAGGUUUAGAGAGAGGGUUCAAAUGAUUGUUUAAAAGUUGAUUUAAAAAAAGUUGGAAUUUGGCUUCAUAUAUGACCAUAUCAAAAGUUGAAGUAGAAAUGUCAUUUGAAUGGAAAUAUUGGUACAUUAAAUUCACUGUGAAGGCAACUUUCUUAAAAUUCUAUUUUGUUAAAAAAAGAAAGAAAGAAAAAGAAAACUCUAAAGUUUUGGACACUGAAAAAAAUUAAAUAAUGAUUUCUAGACAUUUUCUAUUUUUAAAAUGUGAUUCUUAACUAGAGGUUGGAAAUCUUAGGCUUAUUAAUGCCAAUUGCCGCAGACAUGCCUAGUGCUGAGAAGUGUGGAGAAAACGGUAGAUUUGUGGCACUUGUGGGGAUCGGUUCCCGUCCUGCACUCACCCCUGCACAGACAUCAUCUUCUCUGGAGGGGUAAUCAGUACACAUUGAUUGAGGGAUUGAUUCGUAUUUUAAUUAAGGGAGAAGCACUCUUUUGACUCAAAGUGUCUUCAAUGAUAGUUCAACAGAGAUAAUGCACGGUCUUACUGCAUCUUGUUAGGCCAUGUUCGGUUGAUAUUCCUGGGAGGUUUGCUCUUUUCUGAAGGGAAAUGGAGGAGCAGUGGAUCUGGGGAAGGAGGGCACUGGGAGGGGAAACUUCAGUCUGGAUUUAUUGCAUGAGAGAUGAAUAAAUAAAAAGAAAAAAGUAGAAAUGCACAUUUGAUAUUGUGUCCUUCAAGUAACUGCAAUUGAGUCUGUUACUCACGCCUCAGGACAGUGGAAUAUUUGCCAUGAAGUUCUGGAGAGAAAACCCAGCAUGUCCAUGGGAAUGUAUGUUUCUCCUAACAACAAACAAUGGUGUCAUCAUGUAUCCCCCAGAUUCCAAUACAAGUUCUCUUCAUCUCCCCUGUUUCACUGUGGCUUUGUAGUACAUGCUAUUCUCCUGGCCUCUUCCCUUCCCUAUCCUGGCCCCAGCUCCUGACACUGGGUGUUGAUAGUCAUCUUUUCCUUACCAACAAGGACUUGCAUCUUUAGAAGACAAGUGAGUGCUUUCAAGAACAUUCACUCUUUCCAGUGAGUGAAUUGAUUUUGAAGGCUAGCUGGCUGCUCAGGCCUUCUCGUUGCAGGCUUGGUGGUCUGGAGAAGGCAGUGCAGAAGUCCACAGCAGCUCAGAGUGUGGCAACCACAGACUGGUGGGUUCUGCUACAAUAACAGCUGUCUUCUGAGGGAAGGCCUAUUUGCCCCACAGCCAAGGCCCACAAUGAAAUGCUGUAUUUGCAUACAUUUGCAUAAGUUGAACUAAACUGCAGAGCUGGUGUCUCCUUAUUCUUGCUUCAUAAUGGUCAAUGUUCGCUAACAUGCCUAUGUACGUUAAGAACUGUCAAAGACAAGGAAAUCUGUUGGUGUUUAGAAUAAUGAAGAAUUAAUAUUUGGAGGUCCCAUGUUUCUUUUAUAUCUCACUGGGUGUUUAUAUCAUAUAUAAUAUUGUAUUAACUGGGUUUUCCAGAAGGCAGAGCCUGAGACAGACUAGUAUGAAGAUAGUUUACUUGGGAAGGAGGAGACAGGGCAGGCAGAUAAUAAGCCCGAGAGCUGUGUUAGCAGGCUGUGUGUUGUAGCAUCAAGGGUCUAUGAGGCAGGAGUAACUGAGUGCUUUGGAGAAGUUAACCUGUGCUGAGUUCAGGAGCAAGUGGGUUCUGCAGCUUUGCAUGGCCAGAGAAGCUCCAACACAGUGAGCAGGUGAGUCUGAGCUUCUCUGGAUUUGCUGAAUUCUGUGAACUGAGAUUGGGCUGUGGACACCUGGCAUGGGGGCACAGUGACAUUGGAUGUAUUCUCCUCCAAUCAGCUGGCCCUUUGCUGAGAUCCACCACACCACCUUCAAAGUGGUGGCUGCCAAGCAAAGACUUGUUAGGUUUGGCUAAAGCUGCAUUCACAGCAUUUAAACAUGUGCCUAAGGGUUUCUCCACUCAUGAUGAACCUAAAACCAUAAUCUACUCAUGACCCGCCCUUAGAAUGUUUUGCUGCAUCUCCGCCAAUCCUUAAGUGGCCAGAUAAGACAGGUGUGAGCUCUGUCUAUACCUAUCUUCCAUUUUCUGCACAUAGCUUUCUUUGGCCACAAAUGUAAUGUGCUGUGAACUGGUAGGGCACAGAUCUGCAUGGUUUUCUAUACAAACUGCUAUCCAAUUCUAGUAUUGCAAGUCAAACCAAGAGCUACAAAAUCAUGUUUGAUGUCAUUUUCUAACGAUUUCAGAGCUAUUAGAGCAGAUGAGGUGCCAGAAAGAAAGUCCUGAUAACUCCCAAGUCCUUGAGGGAUGCAGGAGAGGCUCUGUUGACCCCUUCCGGGGUCCCUCUGUCUUACAAAGUUGGUUCCAUCUUGGCAUUGGUGCUCUGUUUGCACUGAGCACCAAAUCUUUUUGGCUUCUGUCUUUUGACUUUUGAGUCCAGUGCUUAUUUGCACUGUGAAGCGAUUGCUGACCAUUGGAAGCCCUUGCAGAAACUGGAAUAGUUCCAAGAUGCAUUGAGUCCUGUAAGUAAUUGGAUUGGAUCCAAUUGCAGGCCUCUGAUGACUGACUGGAUGAGACAGAUUCUGACAGUAAGUGCACUUUCUGAGGGAAAUGCAAACCUUGGCCUUCCAGACUCUGCAGGGACUUUGUAUUCUAGCCUCCGUUUCUCCUGAACACGAAGGAAUACGACAACCUUGAAAAGCUGGCAAACCAAGAAUGUGAAUGAGGCCAUCAGAUCUGCAUCUGUGUGCAUGGAGUGUGUAUGUGUGAGUCUACCAAAAUACAUGAAGGAGAUUCUAUUAGGUACUUUUCUGUUGCUGCAAUAAAACCUCAUGACCAAAGCAACUUAUAUAAGGAAGAGUUUAUUUUGGCUUGUGGUUCCAGAGGGCCGAGUCCAUCAUGGAAGGGAAGCCUGGCUGCAGGAGCAGGAAGCUGAGGGUUCAUAUCUUGAACAGCAGACACAAAGCAGAGAGAGUGAACUGCAAGU